AUGCACGACGUGCUGGCUCUGCGUCUGGCAUUCCCCGACGGGGCCCCCGCAGAAGCAGCAGCAGCAGUUUGUUCCUCUUGCAGCAGCGUCAGUGCAGCAGGGCAGCAGCAGCAGCUGCUGCUGCACCGCCAGGUGUCUGCUGCUCCUGACUGCGCCCCUUGCAGCAGCUCCGUGCCGGAGGGCAGCACACCCGAAGCAACACUAGAGGCAGCAGCAGCAAAAGCUCUGCUGCUGCAAGUGGCAAAGGAAGUGUCCUCAGUCACUGAUGGUAACCGCGGCAGCAGCAGCAGCAGCAGCAGCAGCAGCAGCAGCAGCAGUGCAGCAGCAGCGACAGACGAGGGAGAAGCUGGGGGCAGUCAAAGUGCUGCCGACCGCUACAGCAAAGGGGCCCCCCUUCUUGUAGGUAAUUACGGGGACAGCGGCAACGCUACAUUCUAG